ACAGACGUAGGGCCGGAUCCUCUUGACGGCUGGUGGGCCAGUGCCAAGCACUGAAGCCCACACUGGUGGUACCUCUGAGCCAGCCUGAGAGCACAUGGAAAGUGGCCAGUGACAGGCCCACCCGAGCCUCCAGAAUCCCCGUCUCCAUGGGUGCGGCCAGGGAUUCUGUAUCGUAACAAGCUCCUGGCAGAUUCGGAUCAAGUGGUCCUUGGCUGUAUGUGGCCUCUCUUCAUCCUGUCAAACCACCCUGCGCUCCCCACUGCUUACAGAAUAAAGCGCAGACUCCUCCGCCUGGUGUUCUGGGCCCUUCCGCAAUCCUCAUCUGCUCCCGUUGCACUGCGCCACCCGGGUCACCAUGCCCUGACCUCAUCAAGCUCUGCCAGCCGCGGGGCUGUUGCUGACGGCGAGCCUCCCCUCUCAAAGGGCUUCUGCAGGAAAGGCUGGAGUCAGACAGACUUUCUCUUAUUAGCCUGGGACCUCAGGCAAGUCAUUUUCCCUCCCUGAGCCUCAGUUUUCCUCAUCUGUAAAAUGGGAAGAAGAUCCUGGCUUGGCAGGACAUUGCACAGGUUCCAUUAGGUAAUUAACGAAGCACCAGGAACACGGGAGGCUCCAGUACAUGGCAGCAAUCAGGUCUCACCCCAUCCUUGCUUUCCACCUCCUUCCCUCCGGACAGGAGCUGGACAGGAAGCUACAACGGGUGUCUGUCGAGCGGGGACAAGGGCCGCCGGCGAAGCCGCCUGGCGCUGAACCGCAGGCCGCACGCCAACGGGGUGAAGCCGGACGUCAUGCACCACAUCUCCACGCCGCUCAUCUCCAAGGCGCUGAGCAACCGGGGCCAGCACAGCAUCUCCUACACCCUGUCCCGGAGCCAUUCGGUCAUAGUCGAGUACACACACGACAGCGACACAGACAUGUUCCAGAUCGGCCGCUCCACGGAGAACAUGAUUGACUUCGUGGUGACAGACACGUCUCCCGGAGGCGGGGUGGCCGAGGGCCCCUCUCCCCAGAGCACCAUCUCGCGCUACGCCUGCCGCAUCCUGUGUGACCGCCGGCCGCCCUACACCGCCCGCCUCUACGCCGCCGGCUUCGAUGCCUCCAGCAACAUCUUCCUCGGAGAGCGGGCAGCCAAAUGGCGGACCCCCGAUGGCCUGAUGGACGGCUUAACCACCAAUGGGGUCCUGGUGAUGCACCCAGCGGGCGGCUUCUCUGAGGACUCGGCCCCAGGUGUCUGGCGGGAGAUCUCAGUCUGUGGGAACGUCUAUUCUCUGAGGGACAGCCGCUCGGCGCAGCAGCGGGGGAAGCUGGUGGAGAACGAGUCCAACGAGCUGCAGGACGGCUCGCUCAUCGACCUGUGCGGGGCCACACUGCUCUGGCGCACGCCGGCCGGGCUGCUGCGGGCGCCCACGCCGAAGCAGCUGGAGGCACAGCGGCAGGAGGCCAACGCGGCCCGGCCGCAGUGCCCCGUGGGCCUCAGCACGCUGGCCUUCCCCAGCCCGGCCCGCGGCCGCUCGGCCCCCGACAAGCAGCAGCCCUGGGUGUACGUGCGCUGCGGCCACGUGCACGGCUACCACGGCUGGGGCUGCCGGCGGGAGCGGGGCCCGCAGGAGCGCGAGUGCCCGCUCUGCCGCCUCGUGGGGCCCUACGUGCCCCUGUGGCUGGGCCAGGAGGCCGGCCUCUGCCUGGACCCCGGGCCGCCCAGCCACGCCUUCGCGCCCUGCGGCCACGUCUGCUCCGAGAAGACUGCCCGCUACUGGGCCCAGACGCCGCUGCCCCACGGCACGCACGCCUUCCACGCCGCCUGCCCCUUCUGCGGGGCCUGGCUCACCGGCGAGCUCGGCUGUGUCCGCCUCAUCUUCCAGGGGCCGCUGGACUAGGCCCCCGGACCCCGCCGCCUCGCCCACCUGCCCGCCCGGCUCCCCGCCUCCUCCCGCGGCCUGCAGGGAGCUCUGCAUGUGGGACUCCGCCUGUGGGCACCGGGCCGCCCCCCGCGCGGGCGCCCUGGACGGCUGUGCCCAUCCCCCGGGAGCCCUGAGGCGUCCUGCGGCCCACGCUCCAGCCGGAAGGAUGGGCCUUGGCACCAGCGUGCCCCGCCUGAGGGAAGGAAGCCCAUCCGUCGGGUCUGAUCCUGAUGGGGGUCAGGGCCCUGGCCCUCCCCGGUGUCUCACGUGCUGCCGCCGACACUGUGCCCCGGGGGAGUGAAAGGGCCCCGGGCCCCUGACCCCCGGUUGGGGCUGCUGUGCCCGGAGCCUGCUGACCAGCUUCCGAUACCCACCUGCUGCCGCCCCGGGUCCCGUAAACCUCGCUGCUCAGCUGCCUCACCAGCCCCCCGUGUCCCGCAUGUGCCCAGCGCCUCUGCCCCCGGUGGCGGGGCAGGCUGGGGCCAGCUGAUACCCCGUGGGCCGGACUCCAGCCGGGGGCCCUGGGGACACGAGGACGAUGAGACCUGGCUGCCCGCCCGGUGGAGUUCACAGCCUGGUGGAUGCCGGAGCGCACGGCCGAGUGACAGCGUGGCCUCCUGCCUGCCCGGGUCCGAGUUCCCGGGGCUGCGGCGCGGGGCUGGCUGGCGGGUGGGAAAGCGAGGGAGGGCCGCGGAGGAGGUGGCACAGGAGCUCAGGGAACCCCCGCAGGAAGGGGAGGGCGCCCUCGGCGGGCGGGAGAGGCGGACACAGGCUCCGAGUGAGGAAGCGGGAACCGAGUGGGGUGCAGCGUGGCUGGGGCCCUGGUGGCUGGAGCCGGGCCUCCGGGCGGGCGGGAGGUUGGGGCCUGCCGAGAGGGAAGGUGCCGGACGGAGGACUCGGAACCUCGAGUGCGGACACUCAGGAGCCGAGAGAGGAGAGAGGACUCGCCGAUCCAGAGCUUUGGCUGUGACAUAAGGGCUACCGUUCCCGAAUGCCCACCUGUGCCCCGCACUGUGCUGAUGAGAAUAAUAACUCUGGUCACUGAGCACUCA